AGUCAUCAAUGUCAAGUCAAAAUAAUGAAUGACAAUAGUGGUCAAAAUGUCAAAUGUUCCAAAAAUUUUGUAACGUUUUGUAAACAAAUAUUGAUACUUUAUUUUUGCAAUGUUCACUUACAUAUUAUUUCAUAAACUAAAUUAACACUUCAUUGUUUCAUAGUACGUGACUCAAUUACAGCAUUUUUGCAGAGGAAAAAGUUUAUCAACUUUUAUUUAAUUUUAGAUAUAUGCAACUUUGAAUCUCAACAUGUUAGAUGUUGAAUGAUCUUUUCACUUAUAAUUAUUUUAAUUUAAAUAGCAGGCAUAGCCUAUACCUGAAAUAAUGAUCCGUCAAGGGAGCAUUGACGAUAUAAAUUCGCAACAGUUUCUAAAAAUAUCUAAUUAUGAAGAUACAGUCCGUCAACUGGAUAUAUAUUAUGCUAUAGUGAAAAGACAGUUAUUAAGAUUCCAAAGUCCAAUUACUGGACUUUUUCCAGUUUUAUCAUCAGAUCUUCACAUAGGCAGUGUGAGAGAUAGUAUUUACUGUGCAUCAGCUGUAUGGGGAUUAUAUCAAGCAUACAGACGCAUUGAUGAUGACAGAGGCAAAUCUCAUGAGCUGGGUCAGAGCACAGUGAAAUGUAUGCGUGGCAUACUAGAGUGCUGGGUGAAGCAGUCUGCAAGGGUGGAGGCUUUCAAAACCCGCCAGAGUGCUGCUCAUGCCUUACAUGUCAAGUUCCAUCUCACUACUGGGGAACCAGUUCUCUCUGAUGAACAAUAUCAUCAUCUGCAAAUAGAUGUUGUGUCCCUGUACUUGUUGUUCCUUGUGCAAAUGAUCACAUCAGGACUACAGAUCAUUUAUACCCAGGAUGAAGUGGCAUUUGUUCAAAAUUUAGUAUAUUAUGUGGAGCGUGCAUACAGAACCCCUGAUUAUGGCAUGUGGGAAAGAGGAUCUAAAUAUAAUGAUGGAAAGCCUGAAAUCCAUGCAUCUUCAAUUGGAAUGGCAAAGGCUGCUCUCGAAGCUAUUAAUGGUUGCAACCUAUUUGGUGACAAAGGAGCGUCAUGGAGUGUAGUUUACGUGGAUAUUGAUGCUCACAAUCGCAACAGAAGUAUUUUUGAAACUAUGCUGCCGCGCGAAUCCAGUUCUAAGGGUGUUGACGCUGCGUUAUUACCCACUGUAUCAUUCCCGGCAUUCGCUACUCACGAGGAGCACCUAGUCCAGUUAACAAAAAAUAAUAUUUUAAGACGUUUGCAAGGCAAAUGCGGAUUCAAAAGAUUUAGUAGGGAUGGGUACAAAUGCGUGCUUGAAGAUCCUAAUAGAAGGUUUUAUCAUGAAGGAGAAUUGAAGGAGUUUGAUGGCAUCGAGUCUGAGUGGCCAUUGUUCUAUGUAAUGAUGAUCAUUGAUGGCGUGUUCCGCACUCUACCCGACCAAGUAGAAGAGUAUCAGAAGCUACUAAAAGCUAGAAUAUAUAUGGACGAAUAUGGAGAUCCAGUAAUUCCCUGGUAUUAUUAUGUUCCACGUGAAGGUAUUGAAAAUGAGCGGAGUGAACCAAAUUCUGUGCGACGAUUGCCUGCAAAUCACCCCAGUGACGGUAUCGAAAAAGACACAGGUGGUCUAUUCCUGUGGGCGCAGUCGCUGUUUGUGCUGGCUCAGCUGCUGACGGGCGGCUUGUUACACGUUAACGAGCUGGACCCCAUCAGGAGGUAUCUGCCUUCCUACAAUAGACCGAGACGCGCUGGACGGUAUUCGGCUUUUCAGGCUAAGCCCACAUUUGGAAUAGCUACAGACCUGGUUGUGCAAGUAGUAUUAAUAGCGGAGUCGAUGCGACUCCAAGCGAUGAUGGGCACUUACGGCAUACAAACGCAGACGCCGCAUGAGGUCGAACCCGUUCAGGUGUGCAGUUCCACGCAACUGGUUCAUGUCUACAGAGAAUUAGGAGUCUGUCCUAAAUUGAAGCUCACUGGACGACCAAUAAGACCUGUCGGAUCACUCGGUACUAGUAAGAUAUACCGAGUAUGCGGCAUGACGGUGUUGUGUUACCCGCUGAUAUUCGAAGUGUCGGAGUUCUACUUGUACAGAGACAUGGCAUUGCUCAUCGACGACAUUAAGACCGAACUGCAGUUUGUUGGCAAAUAUUGGCGUCUAUCUGGCCGUCCGACAGUAUGCCUGCUAGUGCGCGAAGAACACAUGCGCGAUCCUCACUUCAAGCACAUGCUGGACCUGUUCGCGAUGCUCAAGAAGGGACACUGCGACGGCGUUAAAGUGCGUCUCGGCAGGCUCCAGAACCUCAUCUCUAGUUCUUGUAUGGAGCAUCUAGACUUCAUGAGCCAAGGCGAGUUUCCAUCGGAAAUGUUCACGCAGUUCCGACAACUAGAACACGAGUACAUCGGCUAUCAGUCCUUGACGGACGUUCCUCGUACACUCACGUACCGUGAGGAGAAUCUUUCUUACGAUGCGUUUAAGCACCGCUCGACGCCAGACAUUGUUGCCGCGCUAAGGUCCCUUGAGAACAUCUUCGCUCAAUGCCAACUGUGGGGCAUUCUGUUGGAGAGAGAAGGACCCCUGUUUGAGGUAAACGGCACGAACGCGCUGGAAUCUCUGAAGAGCCUGUACCACAGCGCCGGCGUACUGCGGCACUGGCGCGCCGUGCGCUACUGCUCGUCGCUGCUCAACCACACCGUCGACUCCAUCAGCCCCUUCAUCACCACCGUGCUCGUUAAUGGCAAACAGCUAACAGUGGGCGUGAUUGGUCAGAAGGAGACUGUGUUUGACAAACCGAUGACGCCCGGCGAGAUACAGUCGGUCAUGUACUCCACGAUACAACCGUAUGAUGUCAUUGGCGCAGUAUUACAACAGGAAAUCGUGCUAUACUGCGGGCGUCUGAUCGGCACAAACCCGGACAUGUUCCGCGGCAUACUGAAGAUCCGCGUGGGCUGGGUACUUGAAGCCAUCCGUAUCUAUCUGGAGCUGUUCCCGGCGGAGAAGCGCGCGGACGGCACGCUUGAGAGCUUGUCACCGUACAAGCUGAGGACUCUGUUGCAACGAGUGCUCACUGUGUCGGACUGGGCUGAGGAGAGAGGGUUAACGCCUCUGCAGAGGCGACAGUUAGAAGGGUGUCUGUGCCGCGUGCCCAAACACUUCUACAUUCAGGUCUGGGAUAUAUUGCUGCGGACACCGAAAGGAAUUAUAAUUCAUGGUCAAUCAAUCCCAGCGGAGCCGACGCUAGUGAACAUGUCCCGCUCGGAGCUGUCGUUCGCUCUGCUGGUGGAGGAGGCGCUGGUGCGCGUGGCGUCGCCGGCGCGGCGCCAGCUGAGCGUGGAGCUGCUGUGCGUGCUCGCCACCAUCCUGCGCCGCAACCCCGAGCUCUAUCUGCAGCAGCCGCUUUACAUCGACAAACUCGUGGACGAUGCUGAGAUUACAUUCGCCAAGGAUAGCGGGGUGACAGACAGCGCGGCGCUGAGCUCGGCGGCGCCGGGCGUGUCGGUGGGCUACCUGGCGCGAGCCGUCGUCAACAGCGUGCUGCAGGGCGCCGCCGCCGCGCACCUCGAGCCCGCCGCGCAGCCCGACUGCCUCGUCUCCUGACUGCCCCGACACACACCACAACAGCGUGCUGCAGGGCGCCGCCGCCGCGCACCUCGAGCCCGCCGCGCAGCCCGACUGCCUCGUCUCCUGACUGCCCCGACACACACCACAACAGCGUGCUGCAGGGCGCCGCCGCCGCGCACCUCGAGCCCGCCGCGCAGCCCGACUGCCUCGUCUCCUGACUGCUCCGACACACACCACAUCUCUUACUUAUUCCCACUCGCACUGUAUGACCUAAAUACUAUAGCGCAUGCCCAUCAAAUGCCUGACUUCAAACCGACAAAGUUAGUAGUAUUUAGUUCGUACAUUUUGAAUGUCGUGAAGUCACUCGGAACCAUUUUCGGAGCGGCAGUUAUUUAACUAUGUUUCUCUCCAACUCACAGGACAGGUUCAAAAGGCCAAAAGUCGGCCAAAGGUCGGGAGACAAUGUCGAUCUAAUCUGUUGAAGGCUAGGACGCUAAUAGUAGAUCCACGUCGCCAUUCAUACAAAGUAAACACUCCCGACUGCCAAUGUUCUUGUCAACAUUCAAGUUAUUCUCAAUAUUGUAUUAAAAUUGUCUUGGUGACAAUAUUACAGCCAUGUUGUUAGAUUUAAGCUUUAAUAUGUUUAGUGAUAUCUAGCUUAAGAUUGUUAAAUGAUGAAAAUCGCGCAUCAAUGUUAAAAAGUUUUGUUACAGAAUUGUACAGGGUCUUGUUUGAUAAGAUAACAAACUUCCUUUUUGUUGACUGUACAUUCUCAAAAAGAAAAAUAGUUCAUUAUUUUUAUAUUCACUUUUUUAUUGACUAUUAAAAUACAUAUCUUCAAAAGACAUUGCAAUGCAUUCCUUGGUAACGUGUUCGGUCACGGUAAAAUUGUUACUAUUGCGGUGAUUCGCCGCUCUUUAUUUAACACAAAAUAAUGAUUGUUAAAACGAAUGCAACCUUUUUACAAAAAAGCAAUUUAGAUUUAACACUCAUGUUAUGCCAUGUUCGAUUUGUUUAUAUAUUAGGAUGCGCCACAUAAUAUUAGAUACGGAUAAUGAGUCGAAUGUAUUUACAUUACCAGCGUUGUCGUACAUGGAUGCUCAUUUAUAAAAAUAAAUAUAACAACACAAUAUAAAUUUAAUCUUGUAUCCAAUGUAUUCGUUUAGAUACAGCAUGUUUUAUUUAUUUGCAUAUUAAAUAAUUAUUUACAAAAAAGCAAGCAGUCAUGAUCUUGACAACCUAUAAAAAUAAACUAUUUUAUGAGAUAAAGUUAUGGUAUUUUUAUUUAAUUAAAAUGAAUAUAAAUGUUGUUGAUUUGCCUUUGAGAUAAAACGCAUGCUGAAUUGUAAAGGUGAAUGACCUUCGAUACUUGGUGUGUAACAUGUUAUGUACAGUCAGUAGCAAAACGCCAUACACAAUCAUAACUAUGUAUUACAGAAUGUCUGAAUACUAAAAUCUCAAAUGCAAAUCAGCGACUUUUGUUAUUGAUGUCCAAGUUAUUUUGUAAUUUUAAUUAUGUUUAUGGACCUAGCUGCUGACCAUACAAAAAUAAAAGACGUACAAUAUUCUACACUAAGGAUGUUUAUUAUAUAAAAAACAAUCACAUGUAUUCACAGGUAACGAAAUAUCCCUCACACAACAAAACAAGACUUUGUUCAUACUGUAGCACUCAUUUCACUACUUAAAUAAAUUAAAUUGGCAGUAUAGCUACUAUA